AUGAGUGAUACUACCUUAGUAAAAUCUUUAGCUAUCGUUUUCAUGUAUAUCAUAGUCUUGAUAACAGGAAGUUUACCUCUUCGAAUCAAGUCUUUUAAGGAAAAUAAAAAAUUACUUUCAAUUUCAUCAGCUUUUUCUGGAGGUUUAUUCAUAUCAAUAGGUUUAAUUCAUAUUCUUCCAGACGCCAGCGAUAGCUUCGACAGCUAUUAUAGCUCCUAAUCUUCACAUUUCCCUUUCUAGAUGUUCAUAACUGUGAUCAGUUUCUCAUUUGUCCUUUUUCUUGAAAAAAUUUUAGGUGAAUAAUUCUCCCAUCAUUUUCAUCAUAACCACUGCUCUGAUUAAUUAGAAGAAUGUUAAGCUUAAAGCAUUAACCAUAAUAAUAACAACCUCAAAUUAAGUGAAGAAAUUGGAAAUUAAAUAAAUAACUAAAAUUUGUAAAACAAAAAUGAAUAGCUUAUUUGCUAACUAUAACUUGAAUAAGUAUUUCAUUAAAAAAAUUCUUCUUCUUAAGAUGAAUAAAACCAACCAGAUUAAUUGUAAUAGAAUCUUACUUAUCCAAAUAUAAGAACUACAAUUAUUUAAAUUUAAUCAUCAGGAGAAGACGAAUGUAAAGAUUUUAAACUGCAUAAAGUUGACAGUGAAUUAAAUAGCGAAAAUGCUAAAUAAGAAAUUAUUUAAAAGAGUAUUUCUGAGGAAAAAGAAUCUAAUUUUGAAUAAGAAAAACAACAAAUAAAAUAAUUAAUUUAACCUAUAGACAUAUAAUUAGAUAAAUAAGAAGAUGAUAGUAAAAUGAAUAUUAUUACUCCUUUUGUUCUACAAAUCGCUUUAGGUAUUCAUGCCACGCUUGAGGGUUUAUCUAUAGGCGUUGAGUAAGAUUUUUCAUAAUGUAUAACUAUUUCACUAGCUGUCUUGGUGCAUAAAUGGGCAGAAGGCUUGGUUUUGGGUCUUGCUUUAAAAUAAUCUAAAAUGACUUUAACAAGAGCUACAAUAAUGCUUGCUAUUUAAGCUGCUAUGAAUCCUAUAGGAAUAGGUAUAGGCUGGGCACUUAGCGAUGCUGGAGAUCUAGUAAGUGGAAUACUUAUGAGUAUAAGUGCAGGAACAUUCAUUUAUAUAGCUACUUAGGAAGUUAUAGCUUAAGAAUUUAGUAAAAACAGGUAUCAAAUAGUUAAAUUUAUUUUCUUUUUAGUAGGUGUUGGUUUUAUAAGCUCUCUUUAUUUUGUUGAAUAAGCUACAGGUUGA